UUCUCCUGUCAAAUAUUUGAUUUUGAUAGCUUUUGAAUUGUAAUAUUUCUAUAACUACUACUUAAAAAUAAAUUGUAUAAAAUGUGAUAUGGUAUCAACGUUCUAAACAAUUAUGGUAUAUAUUUUUAUGAACGUUGGAACGAUUAUGUAAUAUUUUAUCAAAGAUGGAAUCUGAUAGAAUAUUAGUAGCUGCAGGACUUACAGCAGCUGCAGUAGUAGGAGCAUUUGUCUUUUGGGGCCCUUCUCCCACUUCUGGUGGCGGUCGAGGUAGACUAGCUGGCUUGGUAAAUCUUGGCAAGACUUGUUUUUUGAAUGCCAUACUUCAUGCUUUAGCUGCUUGCCCCAGUUUCAUUACUUGGCUAGAAAAGGAUAAAUAUGUAAAAGAAACUAGUCUUCGUAGUACAUUAGCAACAGUAAUUUCAGUGGUAAAUGGUACAAAUAAAGCUGUACAAGAAACAUAUGCACCUGCUGCAGUUAUUAAUGCACUGAAAAGAUUGGGAUGGGUUAUCCCUGCAGGUGAGCAGGAUGCCCAUGAAUUACUUAAUGUAAUUUUGACUACAUUAGAUGAAGAAACACAGAAGAUUGGAAGAAAGGCUGGUUGUUUAUCUGACGCACUAGGCAUGAAUGACUUACAAAUUGAAGAUAAUCAUGAAGAACCUAGAGAUUUUGAUUCAUUGGGUAGUGUCAUGUCUCUAAAUGAAUUGUGUAGACCAAUGAGUGCAGGUUGGCGUGGAGGUGCUAUUAGACGAAAUAGGUGGAUAUCUAGAUCUUGUAGAGCUCUACAAAUGACAGGGCCUCCUCAGCAACCUCUCAGUCAUCCUUUUGCAGGAACACUUACAAGUCAGUUAAGGUGCACUGUGUGUGGAUUUAAGUCUGCGGUUAGAUAUGAUAAAUUUGAAAGUUUAUCAUUAGCAUUGCCAAGCAGUGCUGGAGAUCUCGGUUGGGGCCGUCAUAAGUUGCAUCAGCUGCUGAAUAAUUUUGUUACUCCAGAGGUUGUAAAUGAUGUACAUUGUGAUGGAUGUAAUAGGGGUAGGGAUCCUGCCAGGCCAGCAAUUUUGUCAAAACAAGUCAAGAUUCUCAAUUUUGGUAAGUUACCAAUAUGUCUAUGUCUUCAUAUAUCAAGAAAUACAUGGCAGAGUAGUGGAGUAUCUAAGAGACAAGAUUAUGUACAGUUUCCAAUGAGGCUUUCCAUGUCGGCGUAUACUUUUAUUCAAAUUCAUUAUAAGCGAAAAUUUGAUAAUUCUACAUAUACAAGCACAAGUGAAGGAGGGAGUCCCCUAUCUAGUAGCACCCCGAUAUGCUGGACUGGAUCUUCUCUAAGUGAUAUGGCCAACGAAUUUAGAAAUGUGUAUCAGUUGGCCGCCGUUGUUGUACACGCAGGUGAUGCACAUUCAGGACAUUUUAUAACAUACAGAAGGGGUCACCAGAACAGCAGGUGGUACUAUACAUCGGAUGUUGAAAUAAGAGAAGUAUCUGUUGAUGAAGUACUGCAGAGUACAGCUUACAUGCUUUUUUAUGAAAAAUCCUCUACAAUGGGCAGCGUGUUUUAACUUAAACCAAAAAUCAUGUGAUGUUUAGCAUUUUUAGAAUAUUAAUAUGGUAUAGGGAUGCCGAAAGUUGUAUCUUCAAAACUUCAAAUCAUUCUUCAAAAACUGGUUUAUUUAUUUGGAACGUUUUAGCAUUGCCUUCUACCAUAAGAUAGUUUUGCAUUUAAUAUUUAUGUUCUUACGAUUUAAUUUUUAUAUGUUGAUGUUGAUGAUAAGACUUACU